CUGACACUUGCCACCAGGACGGGUAGACGCAAGGCAAGUGGCGGCGGGCCAGGCUCAAGAUGGCGGUUCCCGGUUGGAUGACACUGCGCUGGGACACCCCGCCUCAGAAUGGUCAUGAUGUGUAUUUCUCGCGAGAUCUUUAUGAGAAAUACUCUCUGGCUCCAACCCUCUCCGAACUAAUGUCAUUAUCAGAAAGGCACUCGGAGAAGAAAGUGGCUGUGUCAAGCUCGGGACCCAAAAAGAAGCAGCAGCCUGGCCAACGGACUAGAGUGAAAGCCGAGCCUCUUGUGGCCCCCCCUCCCCAGGAGCCCAGGGUCCCCUACCCUUAUGUUUCCAGCCUGUCUGAGAAAGAGCAAAGAAGAUACUUAUUUCUUUUGUCUGAAUAUUUAAAUGCCGACCCAAACCUCUUGCACUGGUCUCAGCAAAGGAAUUACACACAGUAUCUGCAAAUGAAAGAAUUUGUCAGCAAAGAAGUUGCAGAAUUCUUGAAAUUCGCCCAGAACGCUGCUAGAAACUGUUCUAAAGAUUACAGUGACAUCUCUGAAGACGCAUUGAUUUACACCAAGGAUUUUCUGAGCGCUCGUAUGGGUUAUGUGAAGAAUUACCCUGAGUGGUAUUCUCUCCAUGAAGUGACCAGCCUCAUGGGCGGACGAUUUAAUAGAGAAUUGACCCUCAAGUUUGAGAAAAGUCUUCUUGCCUUGGGAAUGGUACACCUUGUUAAGCGAUUCUUCCCUAAGCUGCCAGCAUCGAUUAAUUGUCCUGCUGAUCAAUCUAAGCGUGAACUACUCUGUGGGACUCCGGAGCACCGUGCUGCCCAGCUGCACAAUGAUGUUAGCACCGAUCCAAAUGCUGAAAGACUGGCUGCCAAAUACUGUCCUCAGGUGGUCCUGACGGGGGAAUCCUUGUAUACUCUGUUGAACAAUCACGGUCUGGAUUAUAAGCAGCAGUGGGAGCUUCCUGUGUCUGUGAAAACAGUUUCUCUUGGUGGUCUGAAACCAGUCAGAGUGGCCUACAUCGACCCCCCGCUCCCUAAGAAGGAGAUGACGUUGAGGGAAAAGAACCAUUUUUUUCACGAAUUCCUGGCAGAUUUUCAUAUGACAAAGCAGUCCAGUAUUGUAGCUCGGGCUGUGAUACUAGACAAGCCAUCAGAAGAGCCGCCAGGCACAGCGCUUAAGACCUGCCAAGGCAGACCCUUGCGGGAAUCCAUUUCUGCAGACCUGGACUUUGAUACGGACGUCACAGAACUGGAGAGCUUUGCCUCAGCCGCAAAGCCUCUGAGCGCUUCUUCAGCUGAGGUCACUCCCGCAAAGCCAUCCGGAUUGUCUGCAGUCUUACCGGCGCACCUGAAAACGGAAGAAGGUCGGGAAGGGAGGAGCGAAGCGCAGGAGCGGGAAACGGCAUCUAGCAGCGGGAAGGCAUCGCCCUCAGGAAGGAAUCUUCUGGAUUUGGAAAGCGAGGGAAACUCAUUGGGUGAAACGUUCAAGCCAAUGGAAACGGAGCCAGAGGGCAGAAGUCUGGACCCCAAUUUCUUGAUCGCUUCUUCAGAUAAAAAUCAUAAUCUCAGUGAAGGAACUGCUGAAGACGUCCCGUCCCCUGCCCUGUCCUGCAGCAGUGACACAGAUGGGGAGCAUCUGAUCAUCGACGCAGAAUGCGAAGCUGACCACGUGUCUGAACCUGGGGUGGUCACUUCCACCCCCGGCCCUGGAGGACCUGCUUCUCCUUCACCCAGCCCUGGACAGGCCCCGGCAGAAAAACCAGCCGGGUCUUCAGAGAUGCAGAGCAAGAAUGCUCCCUGCAAGCCUCCCCCGCGGUUAUCCCAGGAAGUCGAUCCCCUGGGGCAGAUUUUGAAAAUGCAAACCAAGCUGCUGAAACCCCCAUCUCCAAGUUGUCAGGGGCACCUGCUGGCAACCAGCGAAAGGAGUUUGAAUCCUACCCAAGGCCAGGCAGAUGCCCAUUCUCUCGCCUUGGCAUCUUCAGUGGCGGAGCCGGGACAAAAUACCGUAACAAAUACAGGCGCCUCCCCCAAGUUUACCUGGGCAACCUGUUACCAGGGGCCUCAGAAAGGGAUGCUCUGGGAUGCAGCCGAAGAUGCAGCCGACUACGAACCUCCUCAGCAUGGCAACGUGGUCUACAAAUUGUACAGCUUGGAGGACAUGCUGCUGUUGGUGCGCACCACCAUCCAGAAAACGGAGUUGAGACCCCAUCAGAAAAAGGCAAAAUUCAGGCGGCACUUUCCUGUUUACGUUUUGCCAAAGUUAGAAUACCAGGCCUUCUACGGAGCAGAAACCUUCACGGAAGACGAAGUCUGUCGACUCUGGAUGGAAAACUUGUUACAUUCCAAUACUUCCUUCACCGUGGGUCACAUCGAUGCCCUCACUUCACACGUCUUCCUGCUUGAGCGGCUGACUGGGAAGGCGUUGGAAAAGCGAUUCGGCACAUUUAAGCCAACCAAUUCAUUACAUAUUCUCCAAAACAUCUUGAAGAAAGUGUCUGGCUUGCAGGAAGGCUCUUACCUCUUGGCUCACCUGGCGGGAGACUCCUCGGUGUCCAUCUACAAGAGCUCGGACGGAAUCUCCACUCGGGCAAUGUACAACCUGCACGCCGCUCACACCAGCCUGCCGCCUGCCCCGGCUGCUCUCUCUGUGCCCUGGGUCCCCCUCGACCCCAGCCUCCCUCUGCCACAUCACUUUGCUCAGGGCCGCGUCCCCUGCACUUUCCCACCAAUGCCGGACGAGGGCGCCAGGAAGUGGAAGAUGAGCAGGAUCAAAGCUUUCUCCGCCACACCCAGCCCCCCAGGGCCAGUCUCGAUGGAAGCCAGGGUCGGUUCCCUGCAAGCUGAGCCCCCGAGAAAGAAGCCUGGGACUGCGCAGAACAAGGGCUCCAGGCCAGACAAUCGAGGCCCAAACCGGAAAUUCUGGAAAAAGAAGCGCACCAACCGAGGCCACAUGACUUAGUUGCAGCAGGAACAGCAGUCUUUCUCGGCAAAAAGGCUUCUUCGGUGAACGAAGAAGGUGGUGGGCAACUGCAUCAGGCCGGGCGUUGUGGCCAGGAAACCUUUCCGCCUCUCCGGUCCUUAAGGGGAGCAUCGGAGGAGUUUCUCCUGCACUGAGAGUCUACGGAGGUUCUUUGUCGUCCAGGCCCUGGUUGUCCCAAAGGUGCUUUUUCAGGAGGCAGCUGGACUUUCUUGUUUUUCUUGGAAGACGUUUCGCUUCUUAUCCAAGAAGCUUCUUCAGCUCUGACUGGAGGGUGGAGGAUGCAAGUCAGUCAGAGCUGAAGAAGCUUCUUGGAUAAGAAGCGAAACGUCUUCAAAGAAAGCCUCUUGCACUGAAGGUGCAUGAAGCAACCCGGGAAGGAGAGCAGCCAACUCUGAACCAUCAGAACUGCUUUUAUAUUGCCGUCUGUUCCCAGUAACGUUACUGGGUGAAAACCAAGCCCUGCGUAGAUUUCUGUUAAAAUGGGCAGUUCUACUUUUUGGAGGGGGGCAGCUGGGGCGGAGGUGGAAGAGAACAGAUCUUAGUUUGAAUUUCCCUUUAAAACUGCCCUUUUCUUCAGGUUGCAGGAAUGUCGGGAAAGGCCCACAGUUUUUAAAUUUAAAUAUAGUUUUUUUAGAGUUGUUAAGGGUCUCCCAAGGCUGCUCCCUUGGUCCUCGGGCACGUGCCAUCACCCGAAGACCAAAUGCAUGUGGAUGUUUUGAGGGUUUAAAACGGGUGUCCGGCCUUAGCAAAUUAAGACCUGUGGACUCCAACUUCAAUGUAUUUAUUUUUCCCCUUUUUCACAGGGUCAAACUGAGCUCUGUGCUGGCCUUGUGCGUGGGUGUAUUUGUCUUUUUAAAAUACAGUUAAAAUUCCUAAUUCCCUGA